AGAAAGAAGGAAAUGCCUUCUAAGUCAGAGAAAAGGCUGAAAACGGAGGCCAAAUCUUCAAAGGUGACGGAAGAACCUCUAGGACAAAGCACUGAAGAGGAGGGUAUGUUCCAGAUUGGGAAGAUGCGUUAUGUGAGAGUAUCCUGCUUCAAGGGAAAGGCCCUUGUGGACGUCAGGGAGUUCUACACUGACAAGGAGGGCAGCCUGAAACCGGGAAGGAAAGGGAUUGCUCUGUCUGCAGAACAGUGGAACCAGCUGAAGGAGAUCAUUCCUGAGAUUGAUGCUGCAGUCAAGAAAUUAUAA